CUCGUGUCACGUGAUGUGGGCAGACUAUUCACCGCGGCUUCAUUUCGGUGGACGUUUCGCCGUUUCGCACGCUCCAUGUGUCUGAAAACACCAGCAUGGAAAUGAUGAAGAUAGAGCAAGUCAUUGUUGGGAGUGAAAGGAGAUCCACCUCAGCGGAGAUCAAGUCUGAGCCUGCGGUCGUCCCUCUGCAGUCCUAUCAGCAUGAGAGUCUGCAGUGUUUUCAGUGCUUCAUCACCUUCUGCAACUCCAAAGCCAAGGAGAGACACAUGAGGAAGAGUCAUCGGGACCAGUACAAACAGCAGCUGCAGCAGACUGACACAGUCUUCACUUGCUACAAGUGUGACAAGUCCUUCUCCUCCUCUGAUGAGCUCAGCCAGCACCAGGCAACCCACAGCACAGAGGAGAAGCCCUUUCACUGUACUUACUGCCAGAAAAACUUCUUUACUUUCACUGAGCUGAACAAACACAGACGACAUGAGUGCAUAGAGCGACGGUGUCCCUGCAGGGACUGCGGCGCCUUAUUCCCCAGUCCUUCAAGACUUCGCAAUCAUCGCAUCGCGGUGCACCCUCAACGGCCAGUAAUAGCUGAUGACAUCAACACCUACCAAUGCUGCAAAUGUACUCGUGGUUUCCAGACAGAGGAAGAGCUCCUGGAGCAUCAGGAGAAAUUUGCAAAUGACCUAAACUGUGACGUUAAGCCGCAAGGCAAAAAACGUGGGCGAAAACCCAAGCAAGCAGCUCAAGCAGAGAUGGUUGACAACAAGAAGAUCAAACAAGAAGAGGAAGCAGGGGACUGCCAGGGAUACGAUGAGUCUACUACGGAGGGAUGCCCCUCCAAUGGGCCACAAACAGAGCUCAAGAUUCCUUGUUCUGAAACAGAUUGUGACCUCAUAUUUCCUUCUGUUGCCGCCCUGCGGGAACACAAGAGGGAGAAGCACGGGCCUCCCCCUCGCAAGGCUCACACAUGCACAGAGUGUGACGAGAGCUACGCUCGGCCUGAGCAGCUCAAAGCACACAUGUGCAAGGCUCACUGCUCUGAAUACACCUGCCCCACCUGUGGUAAACGCUUUGCAGGAGAGAACCUUCUGCAGAUCCACCAGAACACCCACACUGAGGGAGAGGAGGUAGCAGAACAAAGAUAAUAUAUGGGGAAAAGACUGCAACUGCAUCCUACUUCAUUCAGUUAAAUGAUUGUCAGAGUAUUAUCAUAUUCUACUCAGUGUAGGUAGAAGAUUAUUAUGUGAAUAUUUUAGGUUGAGAGUUUUUGAAGCAAGUUAUGCAACACAAUUGAAGUAUGGAGGUUGUUUCUGAAAUGCCUUUUUUCAGUUGCUUUUAGAAAGACAUCCUACACUUGUGAAUCAAACUCUGUACCAAUCUAUACAUAAUUUUGAUUUCUGCUCAUGUCACAAGGGCCUUUCUGCUGUCCGUAAUUACCUCUAUCGUACCUGAAAUGUUUUAUAUUCAUUGUAGAGUAAGUAGCUAAUUCUCACUCGUGUGGGAAGGUUUUGUAUUUAACUGUACUAUUUUGUUUUCAGGAAAACUCAUAAAGGUGACAGUUACACUGGGAAUGUAAGUCCUAAACAUAAUAAAAUAUGAUAAACGGACCAAGAUAUAGGAUUCAAUCCUAUUAAACUAAUGAUGUAUUCUCUGGGUCUUCUAUUACUCUUUCCAAAAGUAAAUGAUGCUGUAUUAAACAAUAAUCACAUUUC